CCCAAAUCCAAUGCUCCUUUGCCACGUUUCAGUCACCACUCGCCACGGGAGCAAACUAUGCUCUCUUCUGCUUCUUCUCCGCAGUGUCAUCAUGGCGGCGUCCACGGCGCCUCAACAACAGGUCACAGACCAUCCGGCAACACGCACUGCACGCAAUGCCGCUGAUAAAAGCCUGAGAGAGACACAGAGAUGGGAGAAGAGAAACCAUUAUAUUCUAUCAGAUGCACUGACAAGCUCGUGGAAAUCACCUCACCAGCAUAAAGCCGGCAGCAAUGAAAUCGAGCGCAAAGGCCGAGAUGAAGCCUUCGCGGUCAGCCACAGUCUGCAGUUGAAGGGUAUCUCCCCUCAGGAACGCCACAAGCUCAACCAAAUCUGCAGAAUGAAGAGAAGGUCAAGCGGGGUCAACGCAGCCUUCCAUUCUUCUUCUUCCCUCUCUCUCGCGAACCGGCAGCUCGCUUGACGCCUCCGUACGUGUGGGAGAUGCGGCUCAGCUUCAUGGCAGUGUCUCGAUAAGAGAGGUUGCUGAUGACCUCCGAUAUGCUCUGCUGGAUGCCCUGUGCGGUGAGAGAGGCUACAUUCAGGCAGACGGCAGCGCCGGCACGCUGUACUCGCAGACAGUUGUCAGGCUGGUCGCCUAUACACACGCAGACAGACAGACACAGAGAUUAAUGACAGCAGUUGGAUUGGACGUCCAUGUGCCCACGCAUCUCACCGAUGAAAGGCAUGCCGAUGAUGGGCUUGCCGAUGUGCAGCGACUCGUGCAGACCAUUCGCGCCGCAAUGGCUGAAGAAGGCCUUGACGCGAGGGUGGCUCAAUGCCGCCGGGGUCGGCACCCUGCACAACAUUCAGAUGGAAAGGCCGCCAUGACAGCCUGCUCUCCUUCCUCGCUGUCCUUUUCUCCUUCCCAUCAGUCGACUUACGUCUGUACCAGGGCAGAAUGCGCAGAUUGGGGCUGUCCUCAUGGCUUGGAAGGUACCGCCAAUCCCUUGCCUUGAGGGCCCACAGGACCCUCCACUCUGACUGGUUGACCAGCCCCUCGAACAAGAUCGGCCCGGUGGUCUCGUCAAUGCCGAACACCGUGCCGAGGCUGACGUACACCACUGGCAGGUCGGAGGCGUCGAGCCACUCAAGCAGGGAGGGCUCGAGGCGAGAAAGCUGCGUGCUGUCGUUGCGCAGCAGAGGACCGGUGUAUUGGAUCAGGGGCUGCGCGUGGAAUGGGUAGUCGAUGCCAGGGACUGAGUGGAUCAUCUUCAGAACGCCAUCUGUAUAUCUGUGGACAAAUCGACACACACGACAGACGGCAGGAGAGGAACCACGGCUGCCUGUGUGUGUGUGCGCAUACUUUGGGUGGAUGACUGUGAGGGGGUAGCCUCUCACCGGGACAAUAAAGUGCCACGAGAAGGCCGCCCAGAGCUUCCUCAGCCGCUGCAUGAUCGUCGCGCCGACAUAGGGCACGCUAGAGCCGACAGGCACGCUGCAAACAAAGACAUAAGAAAGGACUGACCCACCUCUCAGUCUGCCUGACCAUCUUGGCGCACCUGUAGGGCAUCGUGUUGUGCCUGGGAGCCAGGGCGAGCUCGCACUGCGAGACCAUCACAGGAAUGCUGUACUUGGAUGCGACCUCCAUCGUCGGACUAGUCAGAACCGUCGUCACAUACACAUCAGGGAGCGACGCUGACGCUGCUGCUGACGACGCGAAGAGAUUGUCAAGGCUGUCAGACAUACGAGCCGACAUCUCUUCGAAGACCGGUCCCCAUACCUUCAAACUCGAAGCCUGCCGAAACAAAACCCGACGCGCGUGCACAUGCAGAGCAGAUCCUGCUUCAGCUCCUCCUCAGAUCUCUCUCACCCCAUGCACAGACGCGCGCGCCUUCUCCGCGACUUGAGCCUCACUAGCUCCCUCGCCCAAGUUGACAAAGGCCAGGCCGGCCCUCUCAACCUUCUCCUGCACUGACGACAGGCUGGCCACCUGCCAUGUGUGAAACACGACACAUACCAUGCAAACGACAACUUGUCCUUCCCCCCUACUUACCUGGACAUCGUGUCCUCGUUUGCUCAGCUCUUUGGCGAGCUCGAUGAUGGGAUGCACAGGGGAGAAGGGGAUGGAAGAGAGCAGGACCCUCAGGCUGCCCUCUGGCCGCUCUGGAGCCGAAGCUGCUUCCCCAGACACACGAUGCGGCCGCCGCACAAGGACUAGCGCCUCCAGUAGCAGGGCUGCAAGCCACCGCAUGAUUGGACGCCGAAUCGAUGGCCUCUCUCGAUGAUAUUGUUGAACCGGGUGUCCCGCAGGGAUCUGGAUGAGCGCGUGAGGUGAGGGCUGAAGAUGGAUGUAUUUGACAUACCUCGUGUCAGAUCUCUG